CGCCUUGGCCAACUCCGACAAGCGAGGUCAGACGCUGAUUUGUAGGUCCAUGAUUAUUCUUGAUAACACAGCAUUUUCCGCGAUGGGUAGUCGAUAAACUAUUAUCCCACCCCAUUCUUCCCUGCGCGUCCAGGCUUCUGCUCGGUUACGCCCUCGCCUCCAGUCAGAAACAGAAACCGGAACGCUUGGGCAAUGAUCAAAUAUUGAGGGUCGUCAUCGGUUGAUGUUCAGACGGGUCGCAUAGACGUUUUAAUUCGGACUUUGGCAAGAGCGCUCUCUUCCCUCCCGCCUUUUUCUCUCCUACCCACCCAACUCUCCUUGACCCUCAUGGUCUCCUCCAACGCUUCGUCGCAUUGACGUCGCUACCCUUCAUCACCACUCUCGGCCGUGUGCCACUCAACGUCCUUCGUCGACACCGGCCGCUUCGACAUAUCGGCCUGGUGUCUUCACUCGCUCACGCUUGGACGCCAUGCCACUCCGGCAUCGGGGGUCGCGCUAGCGGCAGGGCUCUACGUGGUUGGGCGCUCCCACAGUAUCCCACACCUGGAGCGUACUACUUGGCCACCAUGAACUCAUCGACGUCAACGUCGUUCAUGUCUGCGUACCAAGUAACCCCCGAAGGAUCAAGACAUAUAAACCUGUGUGACUUCAAAUGAGGAAAUAGGCGGUGAUUCCGUGUGGCAUCAAGGACCCUCUUCGACAACCGAAAGGACCCCCCAGGCGUUUUGCUAGUGAUCUGCGGAGAGAAGGAAGGUAACAGCGGCGUGAUGCCCUUUGUUUGCAGUAAACGCUGGCCUACCUCGGCGCACCUUCAAGAGGGGGGAGACUCCACAACCCCACGGUGUGUGCGGCGGUACAGUGGUCAUACAGGCUGCACGCGUGCCUUCACGGCAUGCGUAGCAGUCGCCCUGUGCUCUGUGGCUCCCGAGCGGCGACUCUCUCUGAUCGGCGCGGACAAAAUGUCUGCAUAUGCCGAAGGGUCGAAAGACUCAGAUACUUCUGCCACUGGGGGUCCUUGGGCGGCUACUAGGCCAUCCAUCAAGACCCAAGGGACGACCUCGAAAUGCACACAUACGAGGACUGUACGACAUCAGUUCAGGAGAAAGAUAAAUUAAAAUAAAAAUGGACCCAAAAUAUUUCCAAAAAGGAAAUAAAAUAAAAUAAAAAUGGACCCAAAAAUUUCCGGACGUGGAGGGGGCCGAGCCCCGGCGAUGAAGGGAGGGUAUACGACAGGCUGUCACCUUGGCAAAAGCCCUGGUACGCCUUUUAGCUCGGAUACCCCCUCUGAGCUGAGGGGCAGGCAUGAGGACCUCCGGCGGGCGUCACUGCAGCUCAAGACGCAAGAAGGGAUGAAGGGCAGACGCAUAUGUUCCCGCUUCUUUGGACCACACAGCUUGUGAAGAAGGGCCGGCAUAAGCCCUCUCGAGAGCUGCAGGUGAGUGUUCACGUUCUAAAGAGGCUCGUCAAGAGAGCUUCGUACCUCGAGCUUGCUUUCCCGCCAAUUGGGAACCGAGAUCGCCGCGAAAGGCCGUACAAAUUCGUGAAAAUCCGCUGACCUUUUCUAGCAAAAUCACUUCCGAGUCCUGCGGGCAUCGAGGUGCAUCGAUGGGAACCACCUCUUCCCUCGAGUGCUCCGCAGGCUCCAAAUCCGGCACAUUACGAUGCAGACAGGGGAUCAUGUAUCCCCGCCCUCCGCGCUAUCCUUCAGCGCACCCACCACCCGCCAACGGACGUUAGCGAACGCGUGCCUGCCUUCACCGCUGCAACGCCUUCUCACCCGCGCUCUAUUCUCGUCGCAAAGGCGCUAUUCAUCGCAUCUCGCAAAGGCACCCGCGUUCGCCGUCGGCGGCGAUCGUUCCAAUACUCUUCAAGUACAUUUUAGAGUCGCGUGUACGACUCCGAUUUUAACCCUUGUCCAGAUCUAUUCCUCGCCGCUAGCUACACGCGCAUCUACCGUCAGCUCUCCUCGCUCAACGUUGUCAACGUUCAUACUGCAUCUCCGCAUCUUAUACUUCUUGAUGAUUCCUCUCUCUUCACUUACUCUUUCUCUCUCUCUUCCUUUCCUUCGUCCGAUUUCGGAUUACCCUGAACUGUUAUCAUUAUUCAUAUCUAUUUCCUUUUCUCUUUUUCUUCAUCCUGUUUUCGACUUUCUCCCUCUCCUAAACUCUCUCGCGUCUUCUCGCCGUCUCUAUGGUCCUGCGUCCGCCAUCCUUCGCACCAUCGCCCGCAUCUCGCGCUUCGUCCGCCGCCGUCUCACGAGCUUUACUCCGUCACUCUUCGUAUCGCUCGACCGCUACGUCUAUGCUCCUCUAUGCCACUUCUACUUCUUCGCACUCUACGAUCAGCGCUGAAGUAUCACGCCACGCCACUUCAAGCUCACUUUCAAGUCUACCGCCCACUCGGUCCGGAACUGACUCGCGCCGCCGUAGCGGUCAACAUGUUCGCAGUGUUCCGCUCCUGAGACGCUUGUGCUUUUUCUGAUGACGUUUAGAAGACAGCACUGCUCUCGCCUCGCACCCGCCCGCCUUUUCUGCCUCCCACAUCGGAGCCGCGUCGACUUGUCACCUCUUGGAAGCGCCCUGUACAGCGUCACCUAUCCCUCUUACCUCGUUUCGUUUGCGGGGCGCAUCCUCACCACCAAUUCUACCACCGCAUUCAAACCUUACCAUCAUCGUAUCGCGGAGCUCGCCCUUGCUCCGCUCUCCUUCGCGUUCUCCGCGAAUAGAAUUCCCGCUAUCAUCGCCCCCACGAUCAACGAACAGCGCCUCGCAAUUCUGCCAGCUACUACCAUCUGCACCGCGACGGAGACUCACAUACACCUUACUCACUCUAUCCACCUAUAACCACAACGACAUAGCGGAGGAUAGGGACACUUGACCGGGACGACAGAGUUGACUCUUUGAUUCUCUACUUACGCGUUCUUUUUCUUUUACGGCUUUUUCCUUUAUAACUUUUUCCUUU